GGAAAAUAUAAUAUUUGCGAAAUAAAGCGGAAACGUCAACGAAACCAAUCCAACAGAAAGAUUAUAUUCGUACUUUCACCCGUCAUCUCCCCCAAUCAUUCCCCCGCUGUCUCGCUCUCUGCGCGCGCCGCUGCUUCUCUUCGUUUUGAAGCAACGAUGGAGUUUGCCGAAGGAGACCAACUAAAGGCUGCGGAGAAGCUCGAGUCAGAGAAAUUAGCUAGGAUCAAUUUCGACCCUACACGCAUCGUUGAUUUAGAUGCACUUCUUUGUGAUGCCUAUGAUAAACAAUGUCCAAAGCCAGUUCAUUAUCACAACAGGAGAGAUUUGAUUCGCAUCUUCAAUAUGAUGGCAAAGGAAAUAUAUGGCAACAGUAAGUUCUCUCCUGUUGUGGAAGAAUAUGGAUCAUUUGUAAUGGACAUUUUCAACGAAAAAAGUGAUCUUGACUUGUCUAUCAAUUUCAAUAAACAUUCCAUUGAAAUUAGUCGGCAGAAGAAGAUUGAGACCCUUCGGAGGUUUAGCAAGAAACUACGCUCAAUUCAAAGAAAUGGGCAUGUUACUGCUUUAGAAGUUAUCCUGUCUGCCAAAGUACCGAUUAUAAAAGUUACUGAUACUGGAACAGGUAUUGAAUGUGAUUUAUCAGUCGGAAAUUGGGAUGGCAUUGCAAAAUCCCAUAUUAUUCGUGCAAUUUCUGCCAUAGAUGAAAGGUUUCAAAAGCUAUCUUUACUGAUGAAAUCAUGGGCUAAGGCACAUAAUAUCAACAGUUCCAAAGACGCCACUUUGAAUUCUUUGUCGAUUGUAUCAUUUGUUGCUUUUCAUUUGCAGACUUGCGAUCCUCCCAUAUUACCUCCAUUCUCUACUUUACUUGAAGAGGGAACUGAUCUUGAGUCUGUGACGAAGAUUGUUAAAACUUAUACCAACUAUGGGAAUAAAAACAAAGAGUCAUUGGCCAAGCUUUUCGUUACUCUUUUAGUCAAGCUAGCAUCAGUUGAAAACCUUUGGCAGAAUGGAUAUUGUUCGAGUUCAUACAAAGGGUCGUGGGUUCUAAAAUCAUGGAAAUACUCAAUGAGUAUAGAGGAUUUCACAGAUCCAUCACAAAAUGUCGCUAGAGCAGUUAGAGCUGAAGGAUUUAUGGCGAUCUACAAAUGUAUCCAUAAUUCCAUUGACUAUGUUUCGCGGUUUUUAAAUGGCGAGAUCCAGGGAAUUGAAUUAAUGGACCAUUUGUUUGGAAAACCUAUGGUUUCAUCUCCAGGAGUCAAGGGUACUUCUACUAGCACCAUCGAUGAAAGAAAGAAUAACCCUCCUAUUUUGCAAAAUCCCCGCCCAACAAAAAAGAAAAAAAGAAGCUUAGCUAAAAACCAGGUUCCAGAUUUUCAACGAACUAAACCCCGGGGAACAGAUCAGGUGCAUGUACCAUGUUCUACUCUAGGAGUUCAAAGUACUUCUACUUGCAACAUCAAUGGAAAUAAGAAUAACCCUUCUACUAGCAGCAUCAACGAAAAUAAGAAUACCCUUCCUACUAGCAACAUCAAUGAAAAUAAGGAUAACCCUCCUACUAGCACCAUCAAUGGAAAUAAGAAUACCCCUCCUGCUAGCAGCAUCAAUGAAAAUAAGAAUAACCCUCCUACUAGUACCAUCAAUGGAAAUAAGAAUACCCCUCCUGCUAGCGGCAUCAAUGAAAAUAAGAAUACCCCUCCUACUAGCAGCAUCAAUGAAAAUAAGAAUAACCCUCCUACUAGCAACAUCAUUGGAAAUAAGAAUAAGCCUCCUACUUUGCGUAAUCCUAGUCCAACGAAAAAGCAAAGGCGACAGUUGGGUAAAAACCAGGUUCGAGAUUUUCACCGAACUGAACCUUGGAGCACAGGUCAGGUAUAUGUACCACCUAGUAGUAAUAUGCCCAAUGGCGUUGCUUCUUUCACUCCCCCACUCCCCUAUCAAUAUCAAUCACCGUUUGCUACUUAUAGUUCAAAUUUUAAGGAGCAUCACAGUUAUGUUCCACGGAAUGUUCCUCCUCCUCCCUUUGGCUUAAACCCAGUUGUUUUCCAAGGUUCUUAUAAUCCUUCCGUACAGUCCCAUCAUGUUUCGUCACAAAUACACGGGGAUUUUUUUCCAACACAUCACCAAAAUGCAGUAGCUUCAAAUCCCUAUCAGGGUCCAUUCCCACAUUCCUCAUUACAAGGAAGAGACUAUGCCCACAGUAGGGACUAUGCCUCACCACACGUAAGGGACUAUACCUCACUACACAGAAGAGACUAUGCCUCCCCACACAUAAGGGAUUAUGCCUCACUACACAGAAGGGACUACGCAUCACUACAUAGAAGGGACUACGCCUCACCACAAGGGGACUAUCCCAUGUACAAUCACAGAAGUGAUUAAUUUGAUCUUUUGGGGUUGAUUGUUAUACAAACAUUUUUUUAAAUUAACAAUUGACAAAUGACUUACAUGUGAACAGCCAAUACCCCUCUAUACUCUCAAUGCCCGUGACUGUCUUAAAUAAAUCUCCCUGAUUUGUAUCUAGUGUAGAUUGAAAAUUGUUUUAUAAGUGUUUUUUCGCUUUUGAAGCCAGAACAGAAAGUUUCCGUUCUUCUGAGUCACCCUCUUUAUUUGAGAAAGCAGUUCAGGUGAUUGUAGAUGGCGAUGAAACUUUCUGCUAGCUGUCUUGGACCUGUUGAGUCCAAAGAUGCAGUGUUUUAUUGGUAGGAUUUAAGAACUAGAAUUUGCAAUCAACGGCACAGGAAUGGACGGGCAAGUCUGCUAAUCGUUCUAUUUCCAACUUAUGCAAUAGUAAGUCAUGUUGUGAUUUUAUUCGAAAUCCAGAAAAAUGUACCCAGGAUCUUUUAUCUUAAUACUUUAGUAGCAGUAUUCAUUUAUCA